AUGCCAGUCCGACCCCUGCUUGGUUUCGAAUGCUGGCUUUUCACAGCCUUCGCUGCAACCUCUGGAGUUGCUUUUCGCCACGAUCGACUCGGUGAUGCUGUCUCAAGCAACUGCGGCCGACUCGACGGAUGCGAGUGUUGGCAGCAGAAGGUCUGCAGCUCGUGCACACUGGCUUCGUGCGGUAUCGAUCAUGUUCUAAGCGUUCGGCCUCUUCAAGGUGGAACCAAUCGCUUGCGCCCGGAUUUAGCUGCAGCCUAUGGUUUCGAGGAUUCUCUCGGUAGACACUGGGCACUGAAGCUCGCGGACCAGGAGGAUGGCUCCUACGACCGUUCCGUCCUGGCUUCCCAGCUAGCCCACACACUCAAUGUGCCGACACCGCGGGUGCUACAAGUAUCCAUGGCAUCUUGCCCUGCAGUGUUUCAGCACAAGGACUUGCAAGAGGCAGUCGCAGAGUUCCAAAGCCAGAAGAGGCAGUGGGCGUUGUUGCAGGAGUUUGUGACCGAGAACCAGGACCUGCCAUGCGCCACUCGUGACGCUGAGCCGUUUUGGGUGCAGGUGGGUCAAAUAGCCAUGUUUGACUGGCUUACAGGCCGCAGCGAUUUGUUCAAUGACUUGUUGGUGGGUGGAGAGGCAGCCCUGGCAGAAAAUAUGGACGUCAACAAAGACAACAUCAAAACGACGCCCUCGCAAGCUGUGGAGAUUGAUUUAGGCUUCUCCGAGCCCUGCUGCUUAGACGAUUUCGUCGAGAUUUUGACCCAACUGGGGCAGAGGAGGGUGGACUGGGUUCCCUCGCACAUCCUGGUACUUAUGUGUGAGGGCAGGAACGGUGGCUUGGGCUCCCUGACGUGCUCCUCGGCCUUCGGACACUAUUCGCCCCUAAAGUCCAAAGGAUGGCAUCCGAAAAUCUCCGAACUCCAGAUCGAGCGCGGCCUCGCCCAACUCGCCACGGCGGCCCUGAACCUCACAGGCAGUCAGGCCUGGUCCUACCCUGUGUCGGCAACCUUAAAGCUUCUCCAAGAGAAAUGGUCGAAGAAUGACGCGCAAGCUGUGGUUGAUCGGCUACGAACCCAGGAGCAAACGGCGAUUGGAGCUAUCGCGACGGACCAAAAAUGCUGCAGCGUGGUGUGUCAGAAGAGUCGUUUCUGGACGUGGCACCACUGUGGUGAAAAAGCUCUGAAGACCGUGACGACCGAAGAUGCCUGCAACAUACACCUCUCUGCUAUCUCGAUGCUGCUGCACUGCAAGCCAGUCUGCGGUGGCGCAACCAAAGUCUGGGGUUCCGUGAAGGAGAGCAAGGGUAGCUGUCCGGCUAGAUAA